AACCUAUCAUUUACGUUAACAAUGUCACGUGGCUUUGUAUUGUGCAUACCCAUAUUUAGACUGAUCCCUGCUAUUGAGACACUGUUUGGAUACAUGUUCCAUUGAUAAUAAUUUAGUCGCUCGUAGUUCUUAGUUGCCAAUUCAACGCUAAUCCUGUUUGUAACAUGAGGGCUGGCUCUGUAGUAUAAUGCAUAGUUAAUUCCUGACACAUGUUGCCUGUUACAAUGUCGAGAUCUAUAUAUACAUCGUUAACCUCGAACCUAACAGCUCUCCUACAAUAAUCACUCAGAUGAACUGACGACAUAUGAUUUCAAAAUGUCACCAAUACCUGUAAAGCAAGUAAUUCUGCUGAUUCUAAUUUCUAAUACUCUAAGCUUUGAAGUAGACAAACCGCUAAAAUUAACACCUUACUUAAAGCAAGGGAAGAUAACUACUGCUAGACAACUCAGUUUGGUAAAAGACAAAAAAAAUGGCGUGAUACCUACAAGUUAUUCUGGAUUUAUUACCGUAGAUCAGCAUCUUGGGAAUCAUUUAUUUUUCUGGUUCUUCCCGGCCAUAAACUCUGACCCCAAAGCACCACUAGUCGUUUGGUUAAAUGGCGGACCAGGUGAAUCGUCUAUGAUUGGUUUGAUCAACGAAAACGGUCCCUUAAAGAUCGACAAACUGAUCAAUGGGAACAUUAGUUACAGGAGACGAAAGAACUCUUGGGCCGAGACAUUUUCAAUGUUAUAUAUUGACAAUCCCGUUGGAGUUGGUUAUAGUUAUAGCGACAGCGGAGAGGAAGGUUAUAGAACAACACAAGAAGAGUACACUAGAGAUCUUUAUGAGUUCAUUCAACAAUUUUAUGUCAUGUUCCCAGAAUACUUGCAAAGAGAACUUUACAUUGGCGGCCAAUCAUACGCCGGGAAAUAUGUUCCGGCCUUCGCAUACAAAAUACAUGAAGAGAUUCAAGCUAAGAGAACCAACAUUCCACUUAAAGGAAUCCAUCUGGGUGGACCACUGAUCGACGCGAAAAUACAAUUUGGCCAUUUCUUUGAAAUUUUUUUCUCCCUUGGUUUCAUAACUUACGAUGAGUUUUUAGAAUUUCAGAAAGAAAUCAUUAAAGAAUUCCCGAAGUAUGAACAGAAUAAGAGUUUGGAGAUUUUCAAUCUGUUGAUGAGGCUCUCAGGCCUUCCAUUAGAUAACUUCAACACAUUGGAUCGAUCUCCAGACGAAGCUGUCACGAGCAUUAUGACCAACAAAAAUUUAAGAUCAUUACUUCAUGUUGGGAAGGCGGAUUUCAAAGCAUUCAAUGAAAAUGUUUACCUUCGUUUCGGUGGAGACCUUUUUGUAUCCACUCGAUCCCAACUUGGGGCAUUAAUGGACAACUAUAAAGUGUUGGUCUACACAGGUGAUCUGGACGGAUUGAUAAGCUCUCCAACAAUAGAGGCCGUGCUGAGGACAACUCCUUGGUCACUAAUGGAGGAGUAUAAAAUAUCUAAGCGACAGUCCUGGCUCGAUGGCGACAUUAUCAAAGGGUUUUAUACCAGAGUUGGCCUGUUUUGUAGAGUAAUCGUUCUCGGAGCUGGACACCGCGCUUCGUUUGACCAACCAGAUAGCAUUCUUAAAAUGAUGAACAGUUUUGUAACGACUGGUUGUAUUUAAAAGAAACUACAAUAAAUACAUCAAUUUCUAUUAUCA